AUGGAAAUCAAUGGCCCCGAGCCCGCAGAAUACGCCUUGCUGCAAUCGUUGUUUGUCGAAUCCGAUACGUACUGUCCCAUCGAGCCGCACUAUAUUUCCAAGUUAUUGCAGCAGCAAACAGACACUUCCCCUAUAGUAGACCUUGACGACUUUCCAGAUUUACAGUCGCUUAUAAUUCCGGAACCAAUGUUUUCUUCCGACCACGACUUUCACAGCGCCACCACCGAAGAUGUCAUUGCAGACUCGUUGGCAGUCCAUGACCAUAGCGACGUACUGAAGCUGGCACUGGAAUCGACUUUCCCCAAUGUUCGAUUCUUGCAAGCAGCUCGAAAACUAGAGCUCCCGAUGCUACAAAGCGAUCCAAAACGAGACAUGAAAGCUUUGGCCCGCACUAUAGCGGAAGCGAAGCUGGAUGGUUUCUUUUGCAAACCAAACGAAUUGCCCCUGGAGCCUGUGGACGACAGAAAAGAUGAGGGACUUGGGAUGCCUGCCGCCGCUGUGCACUUCCACGCUCAACUGACCCGUGGUACCGAGCCCGACGAACUUGACUUCUCCGAGGAAGACUUGUUCUACGUUGCCAAGUCUUUGCACGACGGAUGGGAUGAUAAGGAUCUCGAAAGAUUGAUUGACCAGGAAAUUGGCUGCACCAUCGAACACGUUCGGGCCCUAACUCCUCCUUUGACUGUACCCUCGCUCAGCGACUCCGAUGAUUAUGAAAUGUUCGUUCCAAACGCCGAGGUCUGUGAAAUCGACAGCCUUUCUGAACCAGCAAGUCUCUUCCGCGAAGAUCUUGAGCGGGCUAGGAUGAACCUCAACAACGGCCAUAAUGAUCCACAGCUAGUAGACGCUCCUGUCUCUGACUUUAUUGGUGUUCCUUCCGACACACCAAGCUUUGAGAUUUUCACGCUGAAACGUAAAGAUGUGGGUGUAGAGGUCCCGAUCUUGCCAAUGUCAGACAUUGGGAUAUCAAAUUCCCAAGAGGAACAAUCGUUCCGAGCGUUGGUUGGGGGCGUUCCAGGGUUCAACCCCAAGAGUUCAGAAGGAGGUGAAACGGAACUUCCAAUAAAUGAAGAUGAAUCUGAUUUCAGCGAACAGUUCAGUCUCCUCGUCCAAGACAAGGCAAACGUUAUGACAAGAAGACUGGAGCAAGAGCAGAUCGAAGCCAUUGACGCCGUCGCCAGAAUGCAGCCUCCGGUCCUUGACUUUAGUACGCCCGCACCAGACUGGCAGGGCGCGAUGCAAGACUCGCCUGCAAUGUUUUUCUGGAUUUCUCACAAUCACCAGGACCAGUUUAGAUCUUCCCAGUGGCCGAAGAACUCACAAGAGCAAAAAGAUCUCAGAUGGAUCCCGUUUCCGGUGUCAUUGGCUAAGGUUGAUGUAAGAGAAUCUGUUGGAGAUAGCUCUGUGUUGCAAGAGCUGUUUGGAGCUCGUGGGCCAAGAACACUGCCAACGAGCGCCGACUAUGUGCAGCAAAGAUACUCUCUCAGACUUCUAGAGCAAAACCACGACGAAGAACUACUGAUUCCUGACAAAGACGAACCUCAAAGCUUUAUUCUUCGUAGCCCUGAAGAUAGCGUCAUGGACUUGAUCAGAAAACGCAGAACAACGCAGGUUGCUGAAGGAGAUCCCUCAUCCCCUACGUCAGGAGUCAAAGCCCGCCGAGCAUCCAACUGUAUAACCGCGGCAGGAUUAGUGAGGGGGGGCUUACUACUAGGUGAAGACGAUACCAACGCAGCUGGGAGGCUGCUAUCCAACUACAUUAACCUGCGUGCAGCAAAAAGGCUCAAACCAUCAACCGGCUCCUCCACUCCAGCCCCAGCUCCGAACACUACUGCCGCUUCUUACCCAUCUGCUUCAAGAAAGACCACGCAGAACGCACCCAAGCCUCAGAAGCCUCAUGCCAAAACACAGGCUGUCUACGCCGAGGCUCCAUACCCUCCCGUGGAGGGUUGGCAAGAAGUGCAACGCAUCGUCAUCUCAGUAGCCCUCCCACGAUGUAUCAUCUCGGCACUUCAGGCCAACAUUCCAGGCAUUGAUCUUGUAGACCGAGACUUUACAAGGGACAACAAGUGGACCUGGUCUCCAGGAAGCACGAAGCGCGUGGAGAUUUGUUCCCCGCUUUCUUACGAGGCCGACAUCAUCCCAUCCCCGGCCACGGGCAUCAUAAUCACCACAAUGCUCCAAGUACGGCAAAAGAUGAUACCAGGUUCCAAAGCCCAACUUUCUCGUAUUCGUCAGCGUUUAGCGAGAGUCGCACCUCUUUACGAGCGAGUCAUCGUGCUCGUCUCGGAAGGGAACCCCAUGGAGGAGCUGGCCGGACCGCUCGACGGCGCCGAUGCCGAGGCUUACGCUUCCUUUGUUGCUUUCGCAUGUUCUCUUGGCAGCAGCGGCAGCAGUGUCAGAAUCAUAUACGUAGCCGGCGGGAGCCAGACGUUAGCCCACUGGACGUGCGCCCUCGUCGCCACUUACGCGAAGGAAGCUUCUUCCAACGUGCAAAAGGUCAUCAGGUCUGAAGAGACGGAGUGGGAGGUGUUCCUCAGGUGGGCUGGUUUCAACAUGUACGCUGCCCAAGUUGCGCUUGCAGUCGUCAACGGCACGUAUUCAGGAAACGGCCAAGACCGAACGCUCGUGCGGCUCCUACAAAUGAGUCCCGCGGAGAGGGCGAACCUGCUGCGAGACUUUCUUGGUGCCCAACAGAAUCUGGUGGACAGAGUCAGUGCGCGUUUGGGCUAA